GAGUGUGGGAAAUGUUUUUCAGAGAGAUCCAAGCUUUCCACACAUCAGAGAUCUCACACAGGAGAGAAGCCUUUUUCCUGUUCUGAGUGCGGGAAAUGUUUUUCAGUGAAGUCCCGUCUUUCCAAACAUCAGAGAUCUCACACGGGGGAGAAGCCUUUUUCCUGUUCUGAGUGCGGGAAAUGUUUUUCAGUGAAGUCCAGUCUUUCCAAACAUCAGAGAUCUCACACGGGGGAGAAGCCUUUUUCCUGUUCUGAGUGCGGAAAAUGUUUUUCAGUGAAGUCCCAUCUUUCCACACAUCAGAGAUCUCACACGGGGGAGAAGCCUUUUUCCUGUUCUGAGUGCGGAAAAUGUUUUUCAGUGAAGUCCCAUCUUUCCACACAUCGGAGAUCUCACACGGGGGAGAAGCCUUUUUCCUGUUCUGAGUGCGGGAAAUGUUUUUCACGGAAGUCCAAUCUUUCCAAACAUCAGAGAUCUCACACGGGGGAGAAGCCUUUUUCCUGUUCUGAGUGCGGGAAAUGUUUUUCACGGAAGUCCAAUCUUUCCAAACAUCAGAGAUCUCACACGGGGGAGAAGCCUUUUUCCUGUUCUGAGUGCGGAAAAUGUUUUUCAGUGAAGUCCUAUCUUUCCACACAUCAGAGAUCUCACACGGGGGAGAAGCCUUUUUCCUGUUCUGAGUGCGGGAAAUGUUUUUCACGGAAGUCCAAUCUUUCCAAACAUCAGAGAUCUCACACGGGGGAGAAGCCUUUUUCCUGUUCUGAGUGCGGGAAAUGUUUUUCACAGAAGUGCCAUCUUUCCAUACAUCAGAGAUCUCACACGGGGGAGAAGCCGUUUUCCUGUUCUGAGUGUGGGAAAUGUUUUUCAGUGAAGUCCCAUCUUUCCACACAUCAGAGAUCUCACACGGGGGAGAAGCCUUUUUCCUGUUCUGAGUGUGGGAAAUGUUUUUCAGAUAAGUCCAGUCAUUCCACACAUCAGAGAUUACACGGGGGGGAGAAGCCUUUUUCCUGUUCUGAGUGUGGGAAAUGUUUUUCACAGAAGUCCGAUCUUUCCAAACAUCAGAGAUCUCACACGGGGGAGAAGCCUUUUUCCUGUUCUGAGUGUGGGAAAUGUUUUUCAGAGAAGUUCAAUCUUUCCGCACAUCAGAGAUCUCACACGGGGGAGAAGCCUUUUUCCUGUUCUAAGUGUGGGAAAUGUUUUUCAGAGAAGUCCAAUCUUUCCAAACAUCAGAGAUCUCACACGAGGGAGAAG